CGUGGGCGUCAGAUUGCGCGCCAAUAUAUAGAGAUGGAGAUGUAGAGAGAGCACAUCCUGAAGCACUGCUGCAGCCAGCCUGCAAAUACAACGUGUAUCAUGUUGUUCGUAUGUCUCAUCUCACUGUUGCUGCUGUCAGAGCUCGCCGCUCAGGUUGAAGCCGUGCCCGCUCGGAGCCUUACCUACAACGAAAUUGACUCCACCAGCGGCAGCUCAUUAGUGUGCGACCAGUGCCCACCCGGGACCUACCUGCGCUCACGCUGCACGUCGAUGCAAAAGAGCCAGUGUGCGCCGUGUCCGCAGGGCUCCUUCACGGAGCUGUGGAACCACAUCACCAAGUGUCUGCGCUGCGGGGUGUGCGGCCAGAACCAGGUAGUGAAGACGGCGUGCACCGCGGAUAGGGACUGCCAGUGCGAGUGUAUACAGGGAUACUACUGGGAGGAGAAGUACGACAUGUGUGUCCGACACACCCACUGCCAGUCUGGACAAGGAGUGCUGACCGAAGGUACGCCAUAUAAGAACACAGUGUGCCAGGUUUGUUCUGAUGGAACCUUCUCCAACGCCGCCACUGGUAAUCAGAACUGCACGGCACACACGAGCUGUGAUGCUGCAGGGCUCAAGCUACUGCUGAAGGGCUCCACGUGGCACAACAGUGUGUGUGCAAGCUGCGAACAUCUCAGAUCAAGAGACGGAGCCGACUACCUCAAAGAAAUCAUCCCAGCUUUCUUCCAACACCAGAGAUUUAAUAUUAGAAUGCUGCGUCGGAUCGUGCGCAAGCUCCCGUCUACGGAUGGCAAAAGACAUGAAGGGAUUUCAGGGCUCAGUCUCUCAGCUCUUCAUGUAAAUAUCAACACUUGGGUUGCCUCUGCCACAGCAAAACAGAUUAGGCAGGUUCCACAUGUACUGACAAAUCUAGGAGCAGACAUAGGUGGUAAUAGGCUACACAGCAAGUUGCAAAGAAUCGACUCGAACCUGAACACGCUGUGUGGGAUGGGGAACGAGGUCGAUAUGGGAGAGUUACACUAGGCCAUAAUAGAAAUCCACAGCAUUUGACUGGUCCUGAGCUGUUUUCCAAAAGAUUUAUUUUUCUCAACAUUCGCAACUUGCUGUCUAUUCAAGACGUGCUGUCAGUACGAGCUUUAGCACUUUGUGAUUAGUUCAAGGAGAAUACCAGUCAUACCUGCUGUCCUGUGUAACCAGGUCUUUUAAAAAGUCAUAAAUGUUAUAUUAAAGUAUGCAAGGCAACAUGUUUUAGAGGACAAUUCAAUUCAGGACUGGUGAUUGACAGGUAUUAUUGUGAAACAACAAACAAAUCUGUUCACUCAAAUAGUAUGUGCACCUUUUGGCAUCGUUGAACCUUUUAAGGUGCAGAUUUGCUGCCAAGAUAUUAAUGUGUCUUGUAUCUGAGUCUGUACAACAACAACAACUAAGAUAUUCCACAACACGUUUUGCAGAGUGGAAACACAGAGAGAACUUACACCACAGACACUUAAGUUUAAUUUUUAUAAACUACUCAUAUUUCCCUUUAAAACAUGCUGGCCCGCAGUAUAUCUACCUCUUCUUAUGUCUGCCGUUAAACACUGGUGUGGCACCAGAUCAUGUUAAUUACAGAGGUUUCAGUUUGUGAAGCAGAUUUUUUUCUGCUUAAUUUAUUUUGCUACUGACAUAACGAGGAUGAACCAGGUUAUUUGUGUCCACGAACACACUGGAUGCAACAUCUGUUAUCCUCUCGGUGUGUGUCUCAGUGUCUUUGCUGUAGUUCCUCUUUAAUGUUUUAAAUGCACUGUGUGAAGAAAUGGCUUUUUGUACAUUGUCAGAUAUAAUAAAAAUAAAAAUAAACUGCUCUCCAUUCACCUCAGCCCAUAAAAGAUGAGAUGGAUAUUUACUGUGGUUAACCUUUUGGAUUGUCAAGGAGACAGUUUCAGAAAUUAGGAAUACUGCUUGUUACAUUAUUUUGAAUCUGUAAAUAUGCUGUGAAUAUUGCUGAUGGAGUUUAUAUAAGUCAAAGUGAAAGCUUAGCUGAAAAUAAAAAGCAAACUGACAUGUUUUUUUGGGGGAAUGCCUCUGAGUCACUGAUAUAGAGUGAAGUAUCAUCAGGCUGUUUAUGUUAUGCAGUAUGUGAUUAAAAUAAGUAAAGGGUGGAGGAUCCCUCUGAGGUUGAAUUCCGACAAGAAGGAUAGAUGACAUGUGGAAGAAAUAACUGGCACAUGUCAUUUGUGGUUUAGACUGUGUGUUUUGUCAGCUUCCUUCCUGAAAACAGCUACAUUAAACAAGUCUUGUAGUAA